CAGCGUGCUCGGUAGCCGCGCAUGCGCACUGGCCCCACACCUGCGGGGCUGGGGGAAGCGGCGCUGCCAGCGCCGCGUGGGGCAGCGGCGGAGACAGCGGCAGCGGCGGGCUGGGGAGGAGGGAUGGGGUGAAGGGGCGGGGGCGGCGGCCGCCGUCCCGUGGAGGCAGCCCCCCGGCUGGCCGGAAAGGUGUGGAAUGAAUUGGGCAUGGUUUUUCCUACAUUGAUUGAACCGGACUGGAUUCGGCAGCUGCAGAGGUACAACUCUGAGGCAUAGACCACAUUUCCUACUGGAAUAAGUCAAGGCAACUGCAGUGGAAAAAAAAAAGAUGUCUUCCUAGUCCCAGGAACAACUAACUGAAGUUACAAAGGACAAUGCACAGUGUAUAUCCUGAUGACACUUUGUGUGCAGCAGCAUGGUUUUUGAAAUGGCGUCUGAGACUGAAAAGGCCCAUGCUCUUCUCCAAACUUUCAGCACAGCUUCAGUUAUUUCUAGUCUAUGUUUGGGAAUAUUCUGCUUCGUAGUGGACAGACUUCUGCAGUUUUCCUUCAUUCAGCAAAAUGACUGGCUCCGAGCCUUCUCUGAUAAUGCAGUGCAUGGUAUACUAGGAAUGUGGUCCUGGGCAAUAGUGAUUGGACUCAGGAAGAAAAGUGACUUCACUGAAGUCACUCUGGCUGGAUUCCUCUCCUCUGUCAUAGACGUGGACCACUUUUUUCUUGCUGGCUCCCUGUCAUUAAAGGCUGCUCUGACUCUUCCACAAAGACCACUUCUUCAUUGUUCUACUGUGAUUCCUGUUGUGGCUCUGACAUUAAAGUUUAUUAUGCACCUUUUCAGGCUUAAGGACUCAUGGUGCUUUCUUCCCUGGAUGUUGUUCAUAUCCUGGACUUCUCAUCAUGUCCGUGAUGGGAUUCGUCAUGGCCUCUGGGUUUGCCCACUUGGAAAAACUCCACCUUUGCCAUAUUGGCUGUAUGUGGCAAUUACAGCAUCUUUACCUCAUCUAUGUUCCUUUAUUAUGUACUUAACAGGCACUAGAGAAUUAAUGUCUAUAAAACACGGAAUCCACAUUGAUGUAUAAGGAAGAUAGAUCUUAGAAACUGUUUGUAUUAAAACGUAAGCUAUUUGUUUAUCACUGGAAAGGCUUCCUUAUGUUUGCAACGAUUUCUGAGAGAGACAUUCUAAGCUUAUGGAGCUAGUUACAGCUCCAGUACAAGUUCCUUGUGGUCAUAGAAACACAUUCAUGAAUGGUAAUAAUGUCGUAUCUACGCUUUCCCCUUGUAAACCUGUGGUCUUCCAUUAUAGUUCCUGUAUAGCUAGCUGAUUUAUGAAGUACUCAAUUGCUCUGUGGUAAUUAAAUUUCUUAAAUUGUAUUCUUACUAUCACGGUGCUGUUCAUCUGAUCACCAUUCACUCUGGAUUUGUGUCCUGCCUUUAAAUAACACACUUCAUCCCUGUAACUAGAUAGCAUUUGUAUAGCACUUGGAAAAUGUAAAGUACUGUAUAAAUGCUAAGGAUUAGUCAGAAUUUAUUAGUGUAUGUCACUUCUGAGAAUCAUCUGUUAGACUUUUUAGUAACUUACUGGUUUUCAUGCUGGACUCCUGUAUUUAACUAUUUUUAAAAAUGGUGUUUGUAUUUCACAAUGUAUAACUGCAUAUUUGUACCCGUUUGAACACUGACAGCUAUAAUACAGUGUUUUUAUUGAAUUCUGUUCCUCCAUAGUUGCUUGAUACUCAAUUUACAGACUACUGUUAGCUAUUACUUAUGGUUAGAAAGGAGAAAACAGUUUGAUUACAGUACUAUGGGUGUUGACCAAUGUGUUUAAAAAUAUACUGAUUAUGAAUUUUAUUUAAUUUGGAACUAAGGAAUUUUAGUUUAAAUAUUUAAAGGAUAAUGUGUAAAGGCAAACUUGUAUUACAGUAAAAUACAAGCUUUAGGGAAGAUUCAGUAAGAUGCAAGAAAAUUAAAAUUGCUCAAAAUAUGACAUUGCUUUAGGGCUUUCCUACCGUAUUCAUCUUAUAUGCAGUAUUUUCCAUUAAGUGCAAUAUUGUCCUUAUUACUGCAAUACAAAAUGCAUUGUUAUUAUAGUGAGAUAGAAAUUCCCUUAAAAAUAUGAUUGUGUUGCAGCUUCAUAAAAUAGUAGCAAUUUGCUACAGUUUUAUGAAAGUUCCUCAGAAAAAGUCUCAAAGUAAAAUGUCAGCUCUUGUCUAGUUGACAGUGUGCGAGCUGAGAAGUGUCUAUAAUAGCUGUUUUAUUAAUCUUUUUAUUCAUUGAACUCCAUUGCCCCAUUAAGGUCAUGGGACCAUGUGAUGAUUAGCUGACAGAAAUGGAGUAUUUUUAUAGAGGAGCAUAUAUAAUCUUAGUGUAAAAAUUAGGUGACGCUUUCACAUUUAGCAUUACUUAAGUUAUAGUAUAUUUAUAUUAGUCUAAAGUACAAAAAAUUUACAAAAAAGGUUAGCUGUGAUGGCUGGCUUAAUAGGUACUGCAGACCUUCCUCUACAGCUGCAAAGUACUGAAGGCCUCUGGAGCCCACUAAGUUGUUUACACAAGGUGUUGCACUACUUAAAAAUGUGCCUUCCCUAAAAAAGAAUGGCCUCUGCCCUACUUGUUUUUCAUCUAUAACUCCAUGCUUACAGAAACUUUUCUGACAGUACAAUGGGCCGUUUAUUCUAAAAUGAAUAAAUGUUUGGUUUUUUUCUUGAAAAUUGGGGAAGCAGAGCAUUUCUUAAAGAAUUGUUCUUACACAGUGGUUCUUUUUUCUUUUUUACAGCAUGGAAAAGUUUCCAUAAACAACAUCACAAAUGCCUUGCUUUAGCACCCUCGAAUUGGAACUGGAUAUCUGUAUUUUGUCCAAAAGCAUGAUGGAUUAAUAGGGGAGGAGUGUUGCUUGCUCAUUUAUUUUUAACAUGUAUUUUAAAGUACAGGCUACCAAAUGCCAGUAAAGAAUAUCUUUUGGGAAGAAGUGAACACUUAAAUCCAAGCAGAAAAUUUCCUGUAUUCUUGUUUUAUGGCAAAAUAUUUUUAUAGUUUUGUGCUAUAUCCAGAUUUGUAGCAGAGUGAAACAUAUAUAGGAACUAAGUGGGAAGUUGCAAUUUCUUACUUUUAGGUUGUAGUUGUAGCAAUUUUAUGGUAACUGUAUCUCCACCAAUGGUCCUUAAGAGCCGUACUGUACUGUAAGACGCUUGAUUCUCUGCUGAAAUGAUUUAUUGUUGUAGCUAUGUUUAAAGAUCAGCUAGUAGGGGACAUCUACAGUAAUUUAAAAAUACAUAUUUUCAAUUUCUAUAUUUCUAGAGUCUUUUUGCAAAAAUUUCCAGCUAUAUUUCAAGCUACUGUUCUUUCUGGUUAUGUUCUUAUACCACUUCUACCACUGCAGUGGACGAACAUGUAAUAGAAACGUAUUAAGGAAAGUAGCAAACGUUUGGCAUGUGACUCAUUUCCCUCCCCCUCUCAACACCUGCUUCUCCUUCACUGAGGUCCGCAUAUCUUUAUAUGUGUGCCGCUAUCUGUUGCAUUAGCAAAAACAGGUCGAGUAAGCGCUCCUUGGACUUAGAACAGGAAGUCGCAACGCUUUGAAAGGAUCUUCGGUUUUGCGGUACUGAGAAAGGUGUGCAUGAGAUAACAGAUAAAUCUGAGAUAGGCAGGCUUUGCACAGGAGACCAGGCAUGUCAGUCUCUCUCCUCAUGCGGACAUUUAGGUGACAUUAUUUCCAUUGACAGCUUUUUAAGCUUUUUUUGACAGCUUUUUUUUUUUUUUUUUUUUUUUUUUUUUUUUUUAAGUGUCAUGCUGCGUGUGAUGCUGUAAUUUGUAGGUAGCAAAACUAGAGAACAAAGGAGAAGUUAAGUUGUAGGCUGAAACAAACAUUUAGAAGUCACUUAGGAGAUACAAUUCCCUGCUACAAAUGAAUUUCCUAAAAAUUACAUACCACUAUUUCAUGUACAUAUCAACUGCAUUGAUUGAUCCAACUGUGUUGAUACCUGGCACUUUUAUAGCAAAACUGUGGCAAAAAAUCCCCCCAAAAGUAUCUGAAUGAGUUUGUGCUUUAUUGCAUGUAUUACAGUAAAGAGUAAAUGUGAAGUACAAAAAGCAUGUGAAUUACACAAAAAAGAUUGUUAAUACACUCAAGCUAAUAAUUUCAUGUAUAAUGUGAAAUACUUACUGCCAAAACAUUACUGUUAUUUCAGUGGUUCACUUACUUUGUUAAUCUAAACUACUUCCAUAUAUUUUCCAAUUGUACUUUUAAAGUUGAAGAAAGUGUGGUUUUUUUGAACUAUGUUAUUUUUAGAACUGUAUUGCUUUUUUUUCCUGUCUCAAUGAAUUGCUGCCAUAAAAAAUAGAUACUAAUAAUUGCCAAAUUAAAAGAAAAAAGAUUGAAUGUUUCUUCUUCCCAGUUCUCCAGAAACAAGAUGAAAAAUCUUCUAAUUCCUAGAGGCCUUAAUAGAAAAAGUGAACACAUUUCCUAUUAGUUUGUAAUUGACUUUAAAAUGUAAUCCAUGUUUUCCUAUGAGUACUGGUACCAUUUUUUGCUAUAGUGAAGUAUAUAAUAUUAAUGAUCAUGUACCUUUAAUUGGUUAUUGAUAAGUGAGUUAUCCAUAAUUGAUGUCAUGCUCCAAAGAAAAUGUUGGUGAGUUUGAAUUAAACUGAAAUAAUUAUACUUUCA